AUGAGCGACCACAUCAUCGACUCGGUAGCGGAACUCGACAAGGUGUGCGAGCACAUCAACCUGCCGUUUCAAGCUGGGGACGACCGCGUGCUUACCGAUAUGCGGCGAGGCUACACCAACGACGAAUAUCGCCGUCUCAUAGACAAGAUUCGGGAGCGCAUUCCGAAUGUGUCACUGAGCACGGAUGUCAUUGUCGGCUUCUGUGGCGAGUCGGACGCGCAGUUCGAGCAAACACUCUCGCUCAUCGAAGACAUCAAGUUCGACAAGGUGCAUGCGGCAGCAUACUCGAACAGGCCCGGCACGAUUGCUGAACGCAUGCUGGUUGACGAUGUUCCGCAAGACGAAAAGAAAUUGCGUCUGAAAGCAAUCGAAAUCCUACAAGAAGGGAUAGCGACCGAAAUAAACGCGCCUUUGCUGGGACGAAAGUUCGAUGUGCUCGUGGAAGGACGCAAGCGCGGCAAAUGGUUCGGGCGCAAUCGCAACGACAAGCUAGUUUUCAUCAACGACGAAGUAUCGGAAGCUGACCUGGCCGGAAAAAUGGUCAAUGUAACGAUUGAGAAGACAGCUCCCUGGUCACUGCAGGGGACGAUAACGCGCUAG